AAUUGUGUAACAAAUUGCUGGAUUCGACAAAUGUAGCACCACAUGAAGCCGAGCUAUACUGCAAACAGUGCCACGGUCGAAAGUUUGGCCCAAAAGGUGUUGGCUUUGGCUUAGGUGCUGGCGCUUUGACAAUGGAUGACGGUUCGAGAUUUGCUAACAAAUGA